GGCUGGGGGAGGCUUCAGCGAGAGGGACAGCCAUGGACAGAGACUGUCUCAGCUGCAUCAAAUACCUAAUGUUUGUCUUCAAUUUUCUCAUCUUCGUAAGUAUUCUCCUUACACCCUAUAUUAUAAGCUAAUAAUAAUAAUAAUAAUAAUAAUAAUAAUAAUAAUAAUAAUAAUAAUAAUAAUAAUAUGCCAUUUAGCAGACGCUUUUAUCCAAAGCGACUUACAGUCAUGUGUGCAUAAAUUUUUACGUAUGGGUGGUCCCGGGGAUCGAACCCACUACCCUGGCGUUACAAGCGCCAUGCUCUACCAGUGUCCUCCUAUAUACAGUACACUGUAUAUACUCCUGUACGUCCUAUAUAUCCUCAUAUGGUAGCUACUGUAUCUAACAAUAAUCUUUCCAUUUCAGGUUACUGCUUUUAUUGAACACCCUUCCCUCCUCUCUCUCCCGUGGUCUCACAUGUAUUUAAUAAGAUAGAGGGAGGCAUUGUUUAUUCUAUUAAAAUCAAUAUUUACAGUUCCACUGGGUAUGCAGCUUGCAAUUGACAUUUUGGUUGAUUAGUUUUGAUCAGACAAUCAAAGGUAACUCCAGAGGGAGCCAAUAACUGGGGGUUUGGGAGUAGUGGUGAGGAGGGUCAUAUAAUUAAAUUUAGUGGGGAGGGUUGAAUAUCUGCUCAGUAGCAACCAGUGAUUGUUACCAUGUCCAUUCCUUUGUUUAUACUCUCAGACAAUUCCACCCUCCCAUGAGACAACACUCUCAAUCUGUCCUUCAGUGCAUCCAAAAUGGUUGCCUCUAUAGCUCUAACCUCUGCCUUUGAGCCUUUGACAGAUUUUUUAUGUGACAUUUAUUGAAAGAAGCUCAGGUUUUUUCCCAGGAGGAAGGUGAUGGUGUGAGGAUGAGUGUGUGAAGCUCAUAUCUCUACCCCCUCCUCUCCUUUCCUCCGUAUCCCCCUUUUCCUAAUCACUAAAGAGUCACCCACUGGUGCUGCAGAUAGGGUUUAGUGAAAGAGGGAGGAUGGAGAGAAGAAUGCUCAGGGGGGAGGAAUGGAGGGAAGGGUGGAUUCACUUUGAGAGGUAGAGGAAAGGGGGCAAAGGCAGUUAGCUGAAGCCCCCCACUGAAAUACCUUACAUUGCCUUGAGAAAGUAUUUAUACCCCUUGAUUUAUUUCACAUUUUGUUGUGUUACAACCUGAAUUUAAAAUUGAUUAAAUAUAUGUUUUUUCUUACCCAUCUACACACAAUACCCCAUAAUGACAAAGUGAAAACAUGUUUUUAGACAUUUUAGCAAAAUUAUUGAAAAUGAAAAACAGAAAUAUCUCAUUUACAUAAGUCUUCACACCAAUGAGUUAAUAGGUGUUAAAAUCACCUUUGGCAGCAAUUACAGCUGUGAGUCUUUCUGGGUACGUCCCUAAGUGCUUUGCACACCUGAAUUGAAUAAUAUUUGCCCAUGAUAAUUUUCAAAAUUCUUCAAGCUCUGUCAAAUUGAUUGUUGAUCAUUGCUAGACAACCAUUUUCAAGUCUUGCCAUAGAUCUCCAACCAGAUUUAAGUCAAAAUUCUAACUCGGCAACUCUGGAACAUUCACUGUCUUCUUGGUAAGCAACUCCAGUGUAGAUUUGUCCUUGUGUUUUAGGUUAUUGACCUGCUGAAAGGUGAAUUCAUCUUUCAGUUUCUGGUGGAAAGCAGACUGAACCAGGUUUUCCUCUAGGAUUUUUCCUGUGCUUAGCUCCAUUCCGUUUCUUUAUUAUCCUGAAAAAUUCCCCAGUCCUUAACGAUGACACGCAUACCAAUACAUGAUGCAGCCACCACUAUGCUUGAAAAUAUGGAGAGUGGUACUGUUAUGGAAAUUCUACACCAUGUCGUGGAAAUUACCACUAGGGACACUCAAAGUAAAUCUUAAAUGAAUCAUUGUUUUUUGUCAGCGUGCUGGAGAGGUUCCACCCAACUCAAUGCACCAUAUGUACACAUGUCGACCAGGAGCUCUGCUGGGGAAGUCCCAGCAGUUGUCUUAUAUACGGCUAUAAACAGACAAGUUAUAUUUGCAUGAUUUAGCAUAAUACAUUCAUCAUUAGCGUUUUGUUUCAUUCAUGUGACCGACCAAUACUGGUUCAUAACAUGUGACAGACCAACACCUCACGAGGCUUCUUCUCUCUAAGCUGAGACCUUGAAACUGAGAUAUCUUUCGUUCUCAAAACAAGGUCUGGGCGUACUGCCAAAUUGCAGAUACUGAUAAGUAAGGAUUCGUUCAAUCAGUCACUUGCAUGAACACAGACAUUGGUUAUUAGAACAGCACAUGAAUAGAACACAGAAAUUAGUUAUUAGAAAGGCACAAACAUUAAAAUUUCCAUCACAGUACUUAGAAAUGUGUUGUAUUGGAUUUGCCCCAAACAUUACUUUAGUGUCUUGUUGCAGGAUGCAUGAUUUAGAAUAUUUUUAUUCUGUACAGGCUUCCUUCUUUUCACUCAAUUAGGUUAGUAUUGUGGAGUAACUACAAUGUUGUUGAUCCAUCCUUAGUUUUCUGCUAUCCCAGCAAUUAAACUCUGGAACAGUUUUAAAGUUACCAUUGGCCUCAUGGUGAAAUCCUUGAGCGGUUUCCUUCCUCUCUGGCAACUGUGUUAGAAAGGAUGACUGUAUCUCUGUAGUGACUGGGUUUAUUGAUACUCCAUCCAAAGUGUAAUUAAAAACUUCACCAUGUUCAAAGGGAUAUUCAAUGUCUGCUUUUUUAUUUUUACCCAUCUACCAAUAGGUGCCCUUCUUUGCAAGACAUUGGAAAUCCUCCCUGGUCUUUGUGGUUGAAUCUGUCUUUGAAAUUCACUGCUCAACUGAGGAACCUUACAGAUAAUUGUAUGUGUGGGGUACAGAGAUGAGGUACUCAUUACAAAAUCAUGUUAAACACUAUUAUUGCACACGGAGUGAGUCCAUGCAACUUAUUAUGUGACUUGUUCAGCACAUUUUUACUCCUGAACUUAUUUAGGCUUGCCAUAACAAAGGGGUUGAAUACUUAUUGACUCAAGACAUUUCAGCUUUUCAUUUUGAAUUCAUUUGUAAAUUAUGGGAUAUUGUGUGACAAUAUUUUAAAUUCAGGCUGUAACACAGCAAAAUGUGGAAAAAGGCAAGGGAUGUGAAUACUUUCUGAAGGCACUGUAUAUGCCUUAACCCACCCCCUGCUGUGGCAUAAAGACUACAGAUAGGCUUAUUCUCACUGAAUAGAUUUAUCAGGAUUAAAUGUCAAUUUACAUAAUAUGUACGUACACUUUGCAAUUCUACAUUAGCGUAGGGAAUGUCAAGUGCCAAGAGAGGGUUCGGUUGCCGUUCUUGCUUCAUAGCUCAAAAGUACCGUAAAUGUCACAGUAGCCAGGAGGCUAAGCAUUACAAACUGUUCAACUAACAUUAGCUAGCUACCAGCUAACAUUAAGCAAGCAAUUCUUCAUGCAUCUACCAUAUUAAACUCUUAAUUAUUGCAACAAAACCAUAUUACACUCUUGAAUAACGCAACAAUUCACAAACAUAUGCAGACAAUUAAAGGGUUUUCCCGUCUUUACACUCAUUAUGUUUUAGCUUCAAGACAAAAGCACAGAGUUACUGCUAGCUAAAGCUUCAUCAAGUAACGUUAGCUUACAAAAAAUGAAUGAUUACCCCUCUAAUACAAAUAUAAAAGUACAGUAGGGCUAACUUACAACAUUACAACAAACCAUGCUUAAUUUUUAGCAAUAUCAUGCAAAUCAUUAGGCUAUGUGUAAAAAGCAAAUUACAACUGAAAACGUGGGUAUAAUUCACCGGGGAGUUGACAGCGAUACAUAUAAAUAAUACAUGUAGGUUAUGUUUCUCAAUUUGUGGCGAUUUCCAUCAUUUUCACAUUGCAGAGAUCAGCACAGCAGUACAUGUGGCGAGCUAGCAUUUGCCCCAGCACUUUUGAUUCAGUUUAAUAAAAAAUAUAGACACAAAAGCGUUGAAAAGAGGGACAAAGUAAUGUUGUUUAGACUGAUUUGUUUGACAGUUUUUUCAUGAUUUAAUCCUCCCUAGUGCCAGGAGUUUUUCCAGGAGUAAAAAAAACAACAUAUGACCUGAUUAGAAUAAUUCUGGUCCCAUCAUAGCCCAUAUAAAACAAUUUUUUACAGCUGAUUUAUUACUAUUUCAUACCCAUAGUUUUCCAUGGUUAGGUUAGCCUACCAGAUCAGGAAAAGCUCUGGGCCCCAGGAAAACAAUUUCCACCCCACCCCUCUGGGACCUGUGGUGCCACCUCUGAAAUCAACACACAAUGUUACAAAUGAAAAAACACAUUUUAUUUGUAUGAUCUACUAUCUAAAAUCUUUUACUUUCAUAGUUUGACAUGCGUACUUUCCGAAGGCACUGUAUAUAUUUUUUAAUCGUCCCUUUCUUUAUCUCUACUCUUCCCUAUAUCUCUCCCUCUCCACCAUCCCUCUCCCCACCCCCUACAGUUUAUGAAACAUUUAAUGAAAGAGCAGAAUCGUAAGUGUUGAUUUAACCCCUUUACUCAGUGGUUAUACCCCAUCCUGGUCACUUAUUUUACCCUUGCCUGGCUUCCCCAAACCCACUUCCAUGUGUCGGUAGUACUACUUUAAAUGCAUUCCCUCACUCUCUGUUUGUCUUAGCAGGUCAGAAAGCCACAGACAUUUCCACACGGUAAUAAACCGUUUUCUUUAUUGGUGGGGACUUUCUUUUGUGGAAGUGGGUGAACGAUGCUAGGAGUCUCCGUCUCCAUAUUUACAGACCACAGAGAUCCCUGUUUGUCAAGCAGCUGGCAACGAAAGUGGAGAGGUUUCUAUGGCAGAGAGGUGGGCAGGGCAUUCAGGGCUGAUGGAAAUUUGGAAGAAUGGCUGAGGAAGCAGCCAGCUCUACACCAGCGACUCCUCUCAGAGGUGGGAAUAUCCCCCAGAGACUGCUCUUGGCUUGCUAUGACUUUUCAUUGAAGCCUUCAACAUUCAGUUACUUUGCCAAACUACCACGUAAGGAACACACAACAUUUGACAUGUUACUCCCCUGCAAGGGGUAUACAAACGUAACAGAUCGGUAAUAUGAAAGAGCUGAAAGUGAUCUCUUGGGUGAACAGUUGCAAAGAUAGGGAGACUAGACCAGAGCCAGAGACACCAUUUAGAGGGAGCGCUGGGAAGGUUUCUACUUUUAUGUUGCUUUCUCAGAUAAACCUCUCACUUACUACUCUAGUCUGAGCUCAGUGCUGACUCAAGUUCCUCCUCCCACAGACUUCCUCAGGAUUUACUACAGAGCCAGUGACACUCUGGCAUACAGUCAUCAUGUAAAUGUACACUUUUAUAGCUGAUAAGAUAGACAUGGAGCCAAUAUGGAGGAGUCAUGUGCAAAGAUUUCAGUACUGUAUACAAAAAGUAGAGGUUGUGACAGUGAUUUAACUCUCUCCCUCCCUCCCUCCCUCUUUUGUGAGGUUUUCAUAAGCCCCUGUUAGGUUUCCUACCUCACCUGCACGUGUUCUCUAUCUUCCAUUAAUUGUAAUUAUUAUGUGCAGAUAAACUAAACUUAACCCUCUCUCUCUCCCUCUUCCCCCCUCUCUCUCUCUCCCAGCUGGGAGGCUCCUUCCUCCUGGGUGUGGGGGUGUGGGUGCUAGUGGACCCUACAGGCUUCAGGGAGAUCGUAGCAGCCAACCCUCUGCUCUUCACAGGAGUCUACAUCAUCCUGGUCAUGGGGGGAAUGCUUUUCCUACUGGGCUUCCUGGGCUGCUGUGGAGCCAUCCGGGAGAACAAGUGUCUGCUGAUGUUUGUAAGUAGACCUACACUGUGUUAUAUUCUAGAGUCAUUCGGAUAGUACAUUAGGUCAGAGUGUUAUAACAGUGUUAUAAGAGGGUUAUAAACAUUCCUGGGCUGCUGUGGAGCCAUCAGGGAGAACAAGUGUCUGCUGCUCUUUGAGAGAGAGAGAGAGAGAGAGAGAAAGAGAGAGAGAGAGAGAGACAAGAGAGAGAGAGAUAAGAGAGAGAGAUAAGAGAUCGCUAGAGAGAUCGCCUAUAGAUAGGCUCUCAGAUAGAUAGAGUACUAGAUAGAUCGCUAUUCUCUCUCUCUCUCUCUCCUCUCUCGCUCUCUCUCUCUCAUCUCUCUCUCGCUUAGAGUGUUAGUCAUGCUGGCCUGAGAUAGAUGGAAAAUAAAUAAGACAUAAUAAAACAGAGAGUAUAUUUCAUGCUGCCAAUCAUUUGCCUUCCGUGCACCAGGCCUCAUGCAUAGUUAAUGUUGAGGUGAAGAUUCCGAUUUUUUUGUGACUCGCAUUCACUUUUGCUGACACUCACUCUCUGUUACUCUCUCUCUCCCUUUAUCUCUCUCCUCUCACUACAUUUCUUGUCCACCCCCGCUCCCUCUCUCUCCCUCCCUCUCUCUCUCCUGUGUCCCUGCAGUUCUUCAUGCUCAUCCUGGUCAUCUUCCUGGCGGAACUAGCUGCAGCCAUCCUGGCCUUCAUAUUCCGGGAGCAUGUGAAUAGAUUCUGUCCUUAUGGAUCCUAUGUCCAUCCACUGUAGUGUGCAAACACUGUCCCCUUUGUCAUGGUGAUACAGUAAAACCUCUGACCAUACAGAACUAAUACUAACAUUCUCCAUGUUCCUGUAUAGCUGACCAGAGAGUACUUCACUAAGGAGCUGAAGAGGCACUACCAGGGCUACAACAACACUGAUGUCUUCACUGGAACGUGGAACGCUAUCAUGAACACUGUAAGGCUAAUAUACUGUAUUUGCUAAGAUUGGGGUUAAUUCCAUUUCAAUAUACUAAAUUCAAGUAAAUUCCAAUCAGUUUACUAACAGAAUUGACUGACUUGAAAUGGAAUUGACCCCAACCCUGAUACUUGCUGUUGGUAGACAUAUACAAAAUACAAUAAUCUACUUAGCAGACAUCUUCUUGGACAUCUUCAACCUGUCCCAGUCCCAGGCUGUAGUCCCCACUUGCUUCAAGGGGACCAUCAUCGUCCCAGUGCCCAAGAAAAACAAGGUGACAUGCCCAAAUGACUAUCACCACGUCACACUCACCCAGCUCAUCAUGAAGUGCUUCGAGAGGCUGGUCAUGACUUUGCCAUCGAUACUAUUGGCCAACGUACAAUCGCUUGAUAAUAAAGUGGUAGAACUAGAAGCACGUAUAUCCUACCAACGGGACAUAAAAAACUGUAAUAUCUUAUGUUUCACCGAGUCGUGGCUGAACGACAACAUGAAUAACAUACAGCUGGCAGGUUAUACACUGUAUCGGCAGGAUAGAACAGCAGCCUCUGGUAAGACAAGGGAUGGCGGUCUAUGUAUAUUGGUAAACAACAGCUGGUGCACGAUAUCUAAGGAAGUCUCAAGGUUUUGCUAGCCUGAGGUAGAGUAUCUCAUGAUAAGCUGUAGACCACACUAUCUACCAAGAGAGUUUUCAUCUAUAUUCUUCGUAGCUAUCUAUUUACCACCACAAACCGAUUCUGGCACUAAGACCGCUCUCAAUUAACUGUAUACGGCCAUAAGCAAACAGGAAAACGCUCAUCCAGAGGCGGCGCUCCUAGUGGCCGGAGACUUUAAUGCAGGGAAACUUAAAUCCGUUUUACCUCAUUUCUUCCAGCAUGUUAAAUGUGCAACCAGAGGGAAAAAAACUCUAGACCAACUUUACUCCACACACAGAGAAGCGUACAAAGCUCUCCCUCGCCCUCCAUUUGGCAAAUCUGACCAUAAUUAUAUCCUCCUGAUUCCUGCUUACAAGCAAAAACUAAAGCAGGAAGCAUCAGUGACUCGGUCAAUAAAAAAGUGGUCAGAUGAAGCAGAUGCUAAGCUACAGGACUGUUUUGCUAGCACAGACUGGAAUAUGUUCCGGGAUUCUUCCGAUGGCAUUGAGGAGUACACCAGAUCAGUCACUGGCUUCAUCAAUAAGUGCAUCGACUACGUCGUCCCCACAGUGACUGUACGUACAUACCCCAACCAGAAGCCAUAGAUUACAUGCAACAUCCGCACUGAGCUAAAGGGUAGAGCUGCCGCUUUCAAGGAGCGGGACUCUAACACAGAAGCUUAUAAGAAAUCCUGCUAUGCCCUCCGACGAACCAUCAAACAGGCAAAGCGUCAAUACAGGACUAAGAUCAUAUCGUACUACACCGGCUCCGACGCUCGUCAGAUGUGGCACGACUUGCAAACUAUUACAGACUACAAAGGGAAGCACAGCCGCGAACUGCCCAGUAACACGAGCCUACCAGACGAGCUAAAUUACUUCUAUGCUCGUUUCGAGGCAAGUAACACUGAACCAUGCAUGAGAGUAUCAGUUGUUCCGGACGACUGUGUGAUCACGCUCUCCAUAGCCAUUAUGAGUAAGACCUUUAAACAGGUCAACAUUCACAAGGCCGCAGGGCCAGACGGAUUACCAGGACGUGUACUCCGAGCAUGCGCUGACCAACUGGCAAGUGUCUUCACUGACAUUUUCAACCUCUCCCUAUCUGAGUCUGUAAUGCCAACAUGUUUCAAGCAGACCACCAUAGUCCCUGUGCCCAAGAACACUAAGGUAACCUGCCCAAAUGACUACCGACCCGUAGCACUCACGUCUGUAGCCAUGAAGUGCUUUGAAAGGCUGGUCAUGGCUCACAUCAACACCAUUAUCCCAGAAACCCUAGACCCACUCCAAUUUGCAUACUGCCCCAACAUAUCCACAGAUGAUGCAAUCUCUAUUGCGCUCCACACUGCCCUUUCACACCUGGACAAAAGGAACACCUAUGUGAGAAGGAUAUUCAUUGACUACAGCUAAGCGUUCAACACCAUAGUGCCCUCAAAGCUCAUCACUAAGCUAAGGACCCUGGGACUAAACACCUCCCUCUGCAACUGGAUCCUGGACUUCCUGACGGGCCGCCCCCAGGUGGUAAGGGUAGGUAACAACACAUCCGCCACACUGAUCCUCAACACGGGGGCCCCUCAGGGGUGCGUGCUCAGUCCCCUCCUGUACUCCCUGUUCACUCAUGACUGCAUGGCCAGGCACGAUUCCAACACAAUCAUUAAGUUUGCCAAUGACACAACAGUGGUAGGCCUGAUAACCGACAAAAACGAGACAGCCUAUAGGGAGGAGGUUAGAGUCAUGGCCGUGUGGUGCCACGCCAACAACCUCUCCUUCAAUGUGAUCAAGACAAAGGAGAUGAUUGUGGACUACAGGAAAAAGAAGAGGACAGAGCACGCCCCCAUUCUCAUCGACGGGCUGUAGUGGAGCAGGUUGAGAGCUUCAAGUUCCUUGGUGUCCACAUCACCAACAAACUAACAUGGUCCAAGCACACCAAGACAGUCAUGAAUAGGGCACGACAAAACCUAUUCCCCCUCAGGAGACUGAAAAGAUUUGGCAUGGGUCCUCAGAUCCUCAAAAGGUUAUACAGCUGCACCAUCGAGAGCAUCCUGACUGGUUGCAUCACUGCCUGAUAUGGCAACUGCUCGGCCUCCGACCGCAAGGCACUACAGAGGGUAGUGCUUACGGCCCAGUACAUCACUGGGGCCAAGCUUCCUGCCAUCCAGGACCUCUAUGCCAGCCAGUGUCAGAGGAAGGCCCUACAAAUUGUCAAAGACUCCAGCCACCCUAGUCAUAGACUGUUCUCUCUGCUACUGCAUGGCAAGCGGUACCGGAGCGCCAAGUCUAGGUCCAAUCGGCUUCUAAACAGUUUCUACCCCCAAGCCAUAAGACCCCUGAAAAUCUAAUCAAAUGGCUACCCGGACUAUUUUACGCUGCUGCUACUCUGUGUUUAUUAUCUAGGCAUAGUCACUUUAAUAACUCUACCUACAUGUACCUAUUACCUCAAUUACCUCGACUAACCUGUACCCCCGCACAUUGACUCAGUACCGGUACCCCCUGUAUAUAGCCUCGCUAUUAUUAUUUUACUGCUACUCUUUAAUUUUUUGUUACUUUUAAUUCUUCUUAUUUUUUUAUUUAAUGUUUUAUUUUUUUAAUUUUUUUAAAUUCUUUCUUAAAAUUGCAUUGUUGGUUAAGGGCUUGUAAGUAAGCAUGUGACAAAAACAUUGAUUUGAUUUAACAUUUGAUUUGAUUUGAUGGCCCACAUCAAGGCCAGCAUGCCAGGCACUCUGGACCCACUCAAAUCUGCCUACUGCUCCAACAGAUCCACGGAAGAUGCUAUUUCCGUCGCUAUUCACACGGCGCUAACACAUCUGGACAAGAGAAAGACCUAUGGGAGAAUGCUGUUCAUUGACUACAGUUCAAUAUUCUAAACUAUUGUUCCCUCCAAGAUCGAAACCAAGCUCAGAGCCCUGGGUCUGGACACCACCCUCUGCAACUUGAUCCUGAACUUCCUGACGGGCAGACCACAGGCUGUGAGGAUUAGCAACAACACCUCCUCCACGCUGACUCUUCACACAGGGGCCCUUCAGGGGUGUGUCCUCAGCACUCUGUACUCCCUGUUCACCCACGACUGCGUGGCUUUGCACGACAACAACUUCAUCAUCAAGUUUGCUGAGGAUACCAUGGUUGUAGACCUGAUAACCAACAACGACAAGUCAGCCUAGAGGGAGGAGGUAAGUGAACUGGCAUUGUGGUGCCAAGACAACAACCUCUCCCUCAAAGUCAACAAAACAAAGGAGUUGAUUGUAGACUUCAGGAAGCAGAUGAGGGAACAUGCCCUGAUCCACAUCAAUGGCACUGCAGUAGAAAGAGCCAGGAGUCUUAAGUUCCUCGGCGUCCACAUCACUUAGGACUUGACAUGGACCAACAACACCACCACUCUUGUCAAGAGGGCGCAACAGCAUCUCUACUUCAUAAGGCGGCUGAAGAAAUUUGGCAUGCCACCCCAGGUCCUCUCCAAAUACUGCAGCUGCACCAUCGAGAGCGUCCUGACCAGUUGCAUCACGGCCUGGUACGGGAAUUGCUCUGUGCACGACCACAAGGCCCUCCAGCCGGUGGUGAAGACGGCCUAGUACAUCACUGGGACCGUGCUCCCACCCAUCCAGGACAUACAGUGCAUUCGGAAAGUAUUCAGACCCCUUGACUUUUUCCACAUUUAGUUACGUUACAGACUUAUUCUAAAAUUGAUCAAAUAAAAUAAAAUCCUAAUUAAUCUACACACAAUACCCCAUAAUGACAGCGAAAAUAGGUUUUUAGAAAUGUUUGCAAAUGUAUAAAAAAAUAAAAAAAAAUAAACUGAAAUACCUUAUUUAAAUAAGUAUUCAGACCCUGUGCUAUGAGACUCGAAAUUGUGCUCAGGUGCAUCCUGUUUCCAUUGAGCAUUUUUGAGAUGUUUCUACAACUUGAUUGGAGUCCACCUGUGGUAAAUUCAAUUGAUUGGACAUGACUUGGAAAGGCACACACCUGUCUAUAUAAGGUCCCACAGUUGACAGUGCAUGUCAGAGCAAAAACCCAGCCAUGAGAUCGAAGGAAUUGUCCGUAGAGCUCCGAGACAAGAUUGUGUCGAGGCACAGAUCUGGGGAAGGGUGCUACAAAAAUUCUGCAGCAUUGAAUGUCCACAAGAACACAGUGGCCUCCAUCAUUCUUAAAUGGAAGACGUUUGGAACCACCAAGACUCUUCCUAGAGCUGGCUGCUGGGCCAAACUGAGCAAUCGGGGGAGAAGGGCCUUGGUCAGGGAAGUGACCAAGAAACCGAUGGUUACUCUGACAGAGCUCCAGAGUUCCUCUGUGGAUAUGGGAGAACCUUCCUGAAGGACAACCAUCUCUGCAGCACUCCACCAAUCAGGCGUUUAUGGUAGAGUGGCCUGACUGAAGCCACUCCUGAGUAUUUUGCCAAAAGGCACCUAAAGGACUCUCAGACCAUGAGACACAAGAUUCUCUGGUCUGAUGAAACCAAGAAGUGUCACGUCUAGAGGAAACCUGGCACCAUCCCUACGGUGAAGCAUGGUGGUGGCAGCAUCAUGCUGUGGGGAUGUUUUUCAGUGGCAGGGACUGGGAGACUAGUCAGGAUCGAGGGAAAGAUGAACAGAGCAAAGUACAGAGAGAUCCUUGAUGAAAACCUGCUUCAGAGCGCUCAGGAUCUCUGACUGGGGCGAAGGUUCACCUUCCAACAGUUCAACGACCCUAAGCACAGAGCCAAGACAACGCAGGAGUGGCUUCGGGACAAGUCUCUGAAUGUCCUUGAGUGGCCCAGCUAGAGCCCGGUCUUGAAACCGAUCAACACCUCUGGAGAGACCUGAAAAUAGUUCUGCAGCGAUGUUCCACAUCCAACCUGACAGAGCUUGAGAGGAUCUGCAGAGACGAAUGGGAGAAACUCCCCAAAUACAGGUGUGCAAAGUUUGUAGCGUCAUACCCAAGACUCAAGGUUGUAAUCGCUGCCAAAGGUGCUUCAACAAAGUACUGAGUAAAUGUGAUAUCAAUAAGGGAUCAUAGCUUUCACCUGGAUUCAUCUGGCCAGUCUAUGUCAUGGAAAGAGCAGGUGUUCUUAAUGUUUUGUAUACUCAGUGUAAUUUACCCACCUCUCCUCUCCUCCCCAGUUUGACUGCUGUGGAGUGAACAGCCCGGAGGACUUUGAGGAGAGCCUGUUCAGACUGAUCAACCCCAAUGAGAUGGUCCCUGCGGCAUGCUGCAGGAGGGGUAGUCACCCCGGAGACUCAGCCUACAUCUCCCAGAAGGAGUGUCUGAUGGGGAACAUGCUGUUCAGAAACAACAAGGUUGGUACUGGUACUAGACUACUACAAAACACUACUAUGAACCCUUUAGCCUUUUGGACCAUGUAAUAAUCUUUAUUGACCCAUUCAACAAAGACAAUGGACCUGAAAUAGAGCAGAGCAGGACCUCCAGAGCAGGGCCCCUAGAGCAGUACCCACAGAACAGGUAGUACAUCAGGAGGUACAGCACAUCAGCUGUAGGUGGCACCUGAGAUAUCUGGCAUCCCUCCACAUUCCUACCCUAGGAUUUGAACUGGCUACUGUCGUGACGUGACUUUCAUUAUUGUGAUGACUAUUAUUUAUCAAAUAAUUACCUACUCUGUUUAAUUGUUACUAGAUUAAUUUAAUCACGUAACAAUUAACUCAUUAGGAAUUUGGGGCACCACAGGAAAGGUUGUUUAACGAGUUACCGUUUCCCAAAUUAACUCUAAAGAUAUCUAGAUAUCUCUUAUCAUUUAACCAUCAUAUAUUAAUCAUUUACCUCAUAUCAGUCUCAUUCUGAAAGUCGUAGGCUCUUUAAGUCUGACCGAACCCAGGUCUUACUGAUCAUUCUGUACCACACAAAUUGAUUUAAUUAUUUACUUACUAACUAAUUAAAAAUGAUAACACAAGAUACAAACACGUAAACGGUAUAGGUAGGGAUUAGAAACUUAAUACAAUUAAAAUGGUUCCCUACCGGACUAACACAAUAUGACACUUGUUACAAAAGAUGGCGAGUUAAACAGAGAGAGAGAUAACACUUGGAUACACAUGGACCUACACUCACAGUUAUCUUAAUACUUUGCCCCGAACUGCCACCCGUUUGGGAAGAAAAGCAAUGCAUGUAUUUACGUGUUGGAGGUCUUCGUCGUGUAUCUCUGUUGGACCAAGUCUUUCGGGGGAAGGGGUCGAUUGGGCCUUCUUUUUCUGAAUGCUUUUUAGAUGUAAGGCUCAGAUUGUCCACAAGAGGUUACAAUGUCCUUCUUCUUAGUUAUCUGUUUACUUUCACACGUUCUGGAAGUGGUCUUCUGAGGACGGCUAAUCAGCCGUGUCGAUGAUCCCCUGUGGGGUGAUGAGAGCAGUGUAGUAGACAAUGUUUUGACAUUUUCCAUAUUCCAUUUCUCAUCAUUCCCAACAUUGUUGUUGUUGAAAUAUAUUGUCCCAAUGUUCAUUGCUGGAUGUUGAAGUUUUUGGGCGGAAAAAGUCUCUAAAACAAAGGCAUCCUUUUCACCAUACUAGAGUGCCAGAGAUAGAUUCUCCGCUCUAAUUUAUGGCAAUGUUAAGGUGUCAAGACCCCCCCCCCCCCCCCCCCCCCCCCCCCCCGGGUCAGAGGUUCUUGUUGGUGUCGGCCAUUUGCCAAGCUUAUGUGAGGCCUUCGAUCCUCACCCAGGGAGAGUCAUGACACUACCUUCCAGUUGCUGGUUCGGCGCUCUAACCUCGAGGCUACCGCUGCCCCCUCUCCACACUGGGAGACGAAACCCUCCUCUGGCCUAUCAGCUAGAGUGUGUGUUGGAGUGAUGAUAUAAUGUAGACUGCUUCUCUACUGGCACUGUCCUCAUACCGGUAGACUGAUUUGUGCUUUUCUAUGUUCGGGUGUCAAGGAAGUAUGUUUUACUGUGUAUUGUAGAGUAGGGUAGAGUAGGGCAGUGUGUGUGUGUGUGUGUGUGUGUGUGUGUGUGUACUUAUGCAUGCUUGUGUUUGACUAUGUAGAUUGGAGUAGGGUAGGGUAGUUCGGGCGUGGAGGAGGGUAGGGAAGUGGGCGUGCAUGUGUGCGUAUGUGUAGGGAGAAACAUACAGUAUUUAGCCAUAUUGACAAAUGGAUUUAGCCAUAUUGACAAACGGAAUGCACACGUUUGUGUGCUUGUGUGUGCGGGUGUAUAUUUAUCUCUGUGUGUGCUUGCCUGUUUUAAUGACUGUCUUGAGAGUGAAAUGUAAUUACAGUGAACACUGAUAGGAAGGAGAGGCUCCAACUGUUGUUGUUAAGGCCUGUGGAACAAUGCAGUAUCUCCGGAAGGCGUCUGUCUCUCCCUGUCUCUCUCUCAUUCACACACAGAGCCUCAUUAAAAGCCAAUGAGGCCAGGGGCCCUGUCUCAGUCUGUCUCUCAGCCCAUUCAUCUAGUCUAUUGUUCACUGACGCAUUCAGUUAUGGCUCUGAUGCUAUUUAUAUUGUCCAUGGAUUUCAGCACACACACACACACACACACACACACACACACACAUGCAGGCACAAGUGCAAGUGUACGCAUGCACACACACACACACACACACAGAUACAGACACACACACACACACACACACACAUACACACAUACAAACACACACAUUUCAGCACUCUCUCAAAUUGACUCAUAAUAUUGAAUUGUGACUGAGACUAUUUCCUCUCUGUGUGUCUUCAGGGCUGCUACUCAGCGGUGGUGGACUACUUUGAGCUGUACAUCUAUGUGGCUGGAGCGCUGGCCAUCGUGGUGCUCACCAUCGAGGUAGGAUUUCUUAUAAUAAACGCAUUGUGAGUAGCCUCCAAAUCAACAAGUUUUUCCUUAUCAGUUGAUGUGAUUGGUAAUGUAAGCGGUUUAGAAAAAUCCAUGUAGCUUAUCUCCCCCACACACAGUACACAGCAACGGAAUCUGAAAUACUGGAGAAUACAUUGUUUGAAGCAAGUGCUGGUCACUUCCCCGUUUAUAGUACGAAUACCCCACUUAGUGGAGAAUAUUGGUGUUGCAGGACUGUUACACACCAUACAUUACAUAGGAUAACUUACUGAGGAGGCAUCUCUGAAGUCAUAACUAUGGAUAUGGCAAUCUAUUCGAUUUAUUAGGUCAAGCCAGAGCUGAAUUGUCUAAUCAUCUGCAUGUAGAUAGUUUGGUUUAUUUUGUUUAGUUUCAUCAUCAUCGUUUGGCUGCAGAACAGUCGACCAGUUUAGGCUAGCAGCAUUUAAACACUUACUUGUGUCUUGUUCUCUGUCCUGACUGCUGUUCUGUCACUCCUCUGUUCUUCUCCACAGCUGUUUGCCAUGGUCUUUGCCAUGUGUCUCUUCAGAGGUAUCCAG